GCUAGAAGAGUCUCAAUAAAGAUAAAUGUACACACUACAUUCACAUAUGCACACACAGGAUUCAUAAAUACACACACAAGAUACACAAAAGCGCACAAAAUUCACAAAUGCACACACAAAAUUUAAAUAGCACAGAAGAUUCACAAAUGCAUACAAAAUUCAUAAAUGCACACAAAAUUCAUAAAUACACGCACAAUUCAGAAAUGCAAACAACAUUUACAAAUGCACUCAAGAUUCAGAAAUGCACAGGACAAGAUUCAGAAAUGUAUUUCUGAUGCACACACAAAUAUAUCUUGAUUUACAAACUGCUUGCGGUCUGUGAACUUCACUACAUUUGUGUGUGAAUUUUGAGACUCCCCUGACUUGGCCCGACACACAAAUGCCUUUUUUAAACAGGGAAUGAUCUGCAACCAAUCAGAUAUCUCCCUUGUUUUAGCCAAUCACAAGAACGCACCCCACGUGGGGGAUAAGCCAAUCACAUGAACGCGUUCACACAGCGCGAUAUGCAGGUGGCGCGGGCGCGAGCUGGCGCGGUGGAGUUCUGUCUUUUAGUUGGCUGAGACCUCAACAUGGCUUCUGGCAACGACAGGGGAGCGGUAAGUAUAACUUAAAGUGUUUAGCUAGUUAUCUCCUUGUUAUGAGACGUUGUUUAAUUGUUAAUGUUAACCGGUUUAAUUGUGCAACUAUCAACAUAAGCUAGCGAGCUAGGCUAGCGCGUCUGCAUGCUAAUAGGGUCAGGCUAGUAUCUUUCCAUAAAGUUGAAAUUCAUGUGAAUUAAGUGACUGUUUGACAGGGUCUGUCGCCCCAAGCCGAGGUAGCAGCUCGGGCUUUUGUGCAGUUAUUGGCCCGGGAGCUGUCCUCGGCCCCAAUUUUGCGUUGUAACGUUAACUUAUGUGAAACCAGCAUAAGACGAAGCUGAAGUUGGCCUCCAAUUCACAGCUUCUGAUAUUGCAUUUAAGGGGAAAGUUAAGAAAAAGUUUACAGACAGCAAGUGAAUAAAAUUUAAAUAUCUAUUUCUCUCUAUCCCUUAGGAAUCACUGAAGCGUGAAAUCCUUCAGAGAUUGCAUGACCGACUGCUACACAUCUUGGAGAGGCAGCCUCUUGACAUGGAAGGGUUACAUUUUGUUUGCCAUCAGAAUUUAGUUUUAUUAAGUGCUCUGGAUGACGCAGUGAAUGUAGGAGAAGAAUUACUGUCUGCACUUACAAAUUUAAGUACUGUUAUCCAACAGGAGAUGGAGAAUGAGCAGACAUUUAUAACACUGGACUUGCAGAAGGGCUUUCGUGGACGUCCACGAUUGACGACGUCAGUAGAAACCCUCACACAUCUUCUAGAACUUGGACUGCCAUCAAAAUGCAUCGCUAGACUCCUCGGUGUGUCGAGAGCUACGCUUUUUAGGCGGAUGGCUGAAAAUAAUCUAUAUAUAUCUGCCUCAUACAGUGGCUGCAGUGAUGAUGAAUUGGAGUCAUUGAUCACAGGAAUUAAGAGCACAAUGCCAGAUGCUGGAUGCAGAGUAGUCAAAGGUGCUCUACUUGCACAGGGACACAGAGUGCAAUGGGACAGAGUGUAUGCAUCCAUGCAUCGCGUGGACAGUGUAGGUGUGCUUUCCAGGAUGACUCGUCUGAGAUGUGUGGUGAGGAGGACAUACACGGUGCCUUACCCAAAGUACAUGGUGCACAUUGACACCAAUCACAAGCUCAUCAGGUACAACUUUGUUAUCUUUGGGGGAAUAGAUGGCUAUUCAAGAAAGAUAAUGUACCUUAAGGUAGCAGACAACAACCGAUCUGAUACCCACCUGGCAUUCUUCAAUGAAGCUGUGAAUGAGCAUGGGUUUCCUCUGAGAGUGAGAGGAGAUCAUGGAGGAGAAAAUGUGGGGAUAGCGGAAUUAAUGUUCUCAGUUCGUGGAACUGACAUUAACAGCUUCAUUGCGGGGAAAAGCGUACACAAUCAGCGGUGAGUUAAACUUAAUUUUGGAAGCCUAAAGGUAGUAUUUAUUAAGAUGCCUACCAUAAGCAAUUGUAAGAACAGACAAUAUCCUCACCAAAAAAAUCUACUGGCCAUGAUGGCAAACAUAAAAAAUAAAAAAACUCUUAGAAUUUAAUUUAUAGUAUUAACUCCCAUGUCAGUUGAUUUCUAUUAAAUGUAUACAAUAAUCAAUUUGAAACAUGG